AUGUCGACCUCUGAGGCCUCAACCACAAACGACCUCCAUCCGUUUCUCAGAGGUAAUUUCGCCCCCGUGACGGAAGAAUACAUAUCGCAUCCCUGUCCAGUGACACUCGGAUCGAUCCCCUCCGAGCUCCUAGGUGGCCAGUACAUCCGCAAUGGUGGCAAUCCAGUCUAUCCUCCUCACAAGGGUAGACACUAUCAUUGGUUUGACGGUGAUGGCAUGUUACAUGGUGUUUUGAUGCCCACUGAUCCGGACAGUCCACCUAUGUACACAAAUCGACAUUUGGCCACUCCUCUGCUCGACAUGACCCUCUUGAUACUUCGAUCUCCUAUACCAUCGAUCGCCCUCCUUAUCCUACCUCUAUCGUCGUUACAUCGUCAGAUCUCAGCAAUUGUCACUGCCUUCAUCUUGGCCAUUCGUGGGCGACUUGGUGUGCUGAGUGUUGCGAAUACCAAUGUCAUCUGGUGGGGACAGGGCUUGGGGAUCGAGGCAGGAGAGGAAGCCAAGAUGGAGGACGGAUCUAAGACCAUUGAGACUGAACAGCAGUCAUUUCAACAUGUCGAUGAUCAUCGACUACUUGCAACGUGUGAAUCGGGACCACCCUUAGAAGUCCGUCUACCAGAGCUAGAAACGGUGGGAUGGGAUCGUCUGGUCGACUCGAAAAGCGGAGAAGAUCUGGCACGACGACGAGGGAGGUCAGGAUGGUGGACCCGUUUCGGUCUACCUCGAGACUGGAUGACAGCUCAUCCCCGUAUAGACCCUAUCGAUGGGUCGCUACUCUUCUACUCUACCAACAUGUUCGAGCCGCCUCACGCACGUUACUCUGUCAUCGAUCGUAAAGGACAGCACCUUAUAUCGGUCGAGCAAAGAUGUUGGUCCUUACCACUGACACUUGGUAUGUUGACAGAAGACAGGAUGCACGAUUUUGCCGCCACACGAAGUCACACUAUCUUACUCAACCUCCCGCUGACCCUUUCUCCUAGCAAUCUUUUUUCACUUCCUCCUCUGCCGUUGAUCCAUUUUGACCGGUCUUUGCCAUCCGAGUUCAUCAUCUUUCCUCGAUUGCUGGGCGCUGCCAAGAAAACACGAGAAGUUUUCCGAUUUGUCGACCCCGAGCCGUGUCUCAUAUUUCACACUGCCAAUGCUUGGGACGAAUAUGUAUGCGACCGACCAGUCGCCAUCAACAUGCUAGCAUGUCGGUUCAAAAGUGCCAAACUCGUCUAUUCUGUCGGUGCGGUGGAAAUUCCAAAGGCCGAGAAGGUCGCGGGAGAAGACGACGUGGUGCAACUACAUUACUACAGAUUUGAAAUGCCCACAUUCGUUUUCUCGGCGUCGACAACACCCGGCAACAUUACCCACUCAUUCCCUCUCUCAGCCAUCCCUUUCGAAUUCCCCACUGUAACUCCUGACAAAGCCAUGUCUGCCGCCCGAUAUGUGUAUGGCUGCACAAUGGGAGAGGGGUCCUUUGACGAACGGUUGGGUGGGGCAGCCAAGGUGGAUUGUCUCGUCAAGAUGGACGUGGGGACGCUGGUAGACAGAGGUCGAGCUCGAGGUUCUGGUAAUGUCAGCCGUCCUGUCGACGAACGUUCGUCAUCACAGAUUUUGUCGGAUUGGGCCACCGGUAAAAAGGGUCCCAUCGAGAUCUUUCAAUUACCACCUAAGUGGUAUGCGCAGGAACCCAGAUUUGUGCCUCGGAAUGGUACCGAUCUUAGUGAAGACGACGGUUAUCUCAUUUCGUACGUAUACGAUGAAUCAUAUAUCGACAAGCACGGAACACCUUCCAAUGCUCCGAAUGCUGGCUCCGAAUUUUGGGUUAUCGACGCUAAAACGAUGGGGAGCGGCAUGUCGGCCGUGAUCUGCCGAAUCAAAUUACCUCAAAGGGUUCCAUACGGGUGUGUUUGUCUUCCUUUCCUAUUUCCGAAGCAAGCUGAAGGAUAG